UCUAAUGCGGGGAAGAAUUUUAGGGAUUGGCAACUAUGGAUUAAAAUGUUUUGAAAGGGUUUACUUGUGCAUGCAUUAUUACGUUUCGCAAGAAAAAUUAAAUAUUAAAAUGAUAUAGAAAUAAACGGCAGCCACAAAUUUGUAAAAACUAAAAACAAAGCAGACGACGAAAUAAAAAUACCUAACGAUUAGAACGAUUUUCAUCAGAUAGCACCCACUUCAUUUGCUCAUUCACACAUUCUCUUCUAAUUCGUCUGGAGGAAUCCUUUGAGCUGAUGGAUUCUUUAAGCUAUCCCCUUGACAACGUACCCCAUUCUAAACGUUGCAAUGCCUAGAGUGCAUGAAAUCGGAUCUCUCGUUAAACUUAGCGCAGAUUGCAUUAGAAAAUCUGUUGAUAAAAACAAGUAUGCAGGUUACCCACGAGAAGUCAAGCCGAAUGUCGAUGCGAACGCUUUGAUUCACGAAUUGCCCGUUGUUCUUUUGGAGGAAAUCAUUCGGUCUUUCACUAGUAUCAGGCAAAUUUCAGAUGCAAAUGUCCUUGUUCGGCUCAUCACAGAAAAGCUUCAACAUUUAUCUUUUCCUGUUUACUAUGACGGUUACUUGCAAUUAUUUCCCAAGCUUGGAAAUUUGUUAAUAUUGAACAUUGAAAACACGGAAGUGGGAGACAAGUGUUUACAAAGCAUUGGGAUUCAUUGUUCCAAAUUACGAUCGUUGAAUUUAACUCAUUGCUGUAACGUGACAAACACAGGAAUUCAAUGGCUGUGUAACGUUGAUUAUCCGGGGAUGGGAAACGGAAAAUCAGGACUAUGCGAGACCAUUAAAAAAUUAUGCAUUUGUUACACUGCUGUUACUCAGCAAGGAAUUCAAGUGGCGCUCACACAUUUACAGUCCUUGAACAUCCUUGAAAGUUUUGAUAUUUUGGAAGCCUUGGUAGAGUUGUCCUCAUCAACGAUAGACUCUAAGCCACCCGGAUUAUAUAAUAAUAAUAAGUUCUCAAUAUCUACUCUGUCCACCUCUCCUGAUAAGCCAUACAUAAGUAAUAGCCUUUGUUUUGCACUCUCCUUAUGCCAUUCAGUAAAUCAUGUUUUAAUUCAUGUAACGAAAGGACUUAAGGACAGUGACCUUUUGUGUUUAAUGUCUCUGAAGGUGCUUCACAAACUGAAAAUCUUCAAAUCUAACAUUUGGGUACCAAAUGACACUGAAAUUACUUUUGAUGGUGGAGUUGCUCCACUCCUCAAGGUAUUUGGAAGAUCAUUGGAGACUCUUGCGUUGGAGUGUUUCGAUUUAAUUCGUAUUUCUGCCAUUAUCGACUUUUGUCCAAAUUUAAAUUUCUUGUGCAUCAGGGACGUUACGGGCUCGCUUGAGAACGAACGACACCUCUUCCAAUCUGAAAAGAAGCCUCCUGUUUUCAAGGAACUAAAGCAAUUAUUUUGUAUUCUCGAUGUACCAGUUGAUAUUUUGCUUUUUCUGUUGUCCUCCCCUUCACUGGAACACAUUGGAAUUUCUUGUUGCGAUGUGCUUACAGAUGAGAUCUUACUGGAAACCGUCAAAUGUCAGCACCGAUUCAACAACGAUUCAAGUUUGAGCUAG